CUUGUCUCAGUAAAGGUUGUCAAGCUAGCUGUCUUUGAUUAGCCACGUCAUGUAAACUUAGCAGUGGAGCAGUUCUGAUUCAAACGAAGCGAGGAGUGUGAAGUUUUUCUUAAUAUUUGUUCAUUUUCUAAGUGUGGGUCUUGUUUCGGGGUUAUAGCUCGGCAGAACAUCGUGAGUAAAGAUGUCAGAUAUCGGGGACUGGUUCAGAAGCAUCCCGUUCAUCACCCGGACCUGGUUCGCUGCCUCCAUAGCUGUCCCCUUGAUUGGGAAACUGGGAUUGGUUGAUUUUAGGACCCUCAUGCUGGUCCCGGAGCUGGUCUUCAACAGAUUUCAUCUCUGGAGACCAGUGACAGCCACCCUGUUUUUCCCCAUAACACCUAACACUGGGUUUCUGUAUAUGGUCAACCUGUAUUUCCUCUACCACUACUCCACACGGCUAGAAACAGGAGCGUUCGAUGGCAAACCUGCAGACUAUAUUUUCAUGCUACUUUUCAACUGGAUCUGCAUUGUUAUAGUUGGGAUGCUGAUGAACAUGCGGCUGCUGAUGAUCCCACUGAUCAUGUCGGUGCUCUAUGUGUGGGCUCAGUUCAACAAAGACACAAUCGUGUCCUUUUGGUUUGGAACAAGAUUCAAGGCACAUUAUCUACCUUGGGUCAUCCUUGCCUUCAACUUCAUUAUCGGAGGCUCGUUUGUAAAUGAACUGACGGGGAAUCUGGUGGGCCACCUCUACUUCUUCCUCAUGUAUAAAUACCCCGUGGACCUGGGAGGACGCUCCUUCCUCUCCACACCAGAGUUCUUGUAUCGCUUCUUCCCCAAUCGGAGGGGAGGGGUGUCAGGCUUUGGAGUCCCUCCCAGCAGACCAGCAGCACAGCAGCCGGCGGGAGGAGGGAGACGAUACAACUGGGGCGAAGGCAACCGUCUCGGGGGUGAAUGAGCUGAGAGGAGAGCCACACCCUCCAUCCAAGUUUUCUCAAGAUCACAAAAUGGCUGUGCGGUUCAUGUUUCAGGGUUAAAUGCUUGCUUUUCCACUUUAGAACUUAUGUUUUGUCCACAUUUAUGUUUAGUUCUUAACAAAGUAAAUUGAUGAAAAAAAAAGCAUUUUAACCAAGACAGCCCUGCACAGAGAGACUUAAGACUCUGGCUUCAUCUCUACUUUUUCAAACACUGUGGAUCUGUUCAUAUGAAGCAGGUUGAAAAAAACAAAAAGAUUACAUUUUUUUUUAAUGCAAUGGUGCACCAUCUCUCCUCCUCUUUUUUUGUCCUCUUUGUUUUCACCCCGUCUGCCUUUUCUCCUCCCUCAGACUGUCAAGACCAGAGAUGUUGCAGCUGCUCACCAGCGCACUGUUGAUUUACAUUCUUGUGUUCCUGUCCCCUCCGUCUGUGACACCAUAUCAGAUUGCAUUGUAAUUAAAAAACAUCAGGAGCGUGCUCUCAGCCAUUCCUCCUCUGUGGAGGGCAGAGCUAUGUUAGAGAGAACCAGUUUCCAGGUCUGAAUAAACACAGGUGUAAGAUGUUUUUUUAAGCCUCUGUGGCACAGACUGGAUCUUCUGUCUUAAGCUAUGAUCUUAACCAAAAUGUGGUGAUGAUGGGACUUUGCUCUUUUGUAAAUAUAAAAGUUGUUUAUUGAAAGGA